AUGUCAAAGGAUCCAGGUUGGAAUUACUGUCACCUGCAAAACCCACAAGAUAGGAAUGCAACAACAUGUAAUUUUUGUGAAAAAGUUAUGAAAGGAGGUAUUUAUAGGGCUAAGCAACACAUUAUAAGGGGAUAUAGAAACGUACAAGCAUGUAAAAAGUGCCCUGAACAUGUGAAAGAAGAGAUUAGAGAAUACAUGAGCAAGAAGAAAGAAGAAAAGGAACACACAAAUUUGUUGCCUGGAUUUGAUGACAUGGAUGAUCAAGAUGAGAAUGAUGUAACAAUUAUUGAUGUUAAGGGUAAAAGAGUGGCAAGUGGAACUGGAAGCAAUAAUAUUCAAUCAAAAAAGCAAAAGCAGAAAGGUCCUAUUGAUUUGUACUUCACCCGUCCUCCGGAAGUAGUUGUGCAAAAUAGAAAAAAUGACAAGGGUAAGCAAACAACAAUUGAUAAUGCUUGCAAGAAAGAACUUAGAAACCGAGCAUGUCAACGUUUUGCACCAGUUGUUGAAGCUAUUGGCCAACAUGGUCCAAGAAUGAAACCUCCUUCUUAUCAUGAGGUGAGAGUUCCCCUCCUCAAGAAAGAACUAGAGCAUACAGACAAUUUAAUGCGGGAUCAUAGACAGGAAUGGGCAAGAUACGGAUGCACAAUUAUGGCAAUUGGAUGGGAGGAUAAAAGACACAGGUGUUUGAUUAAUUUUCUGGUGAAUUGUCCUAAAGGGACAAUGUUCAUUCAAUCUAUUGAUGCUUCCUCUUAUUUAAAGACCGGGAGAAUGUUGGAGGGAAGGCACCGGCAUUUGUAUUGGUCACCUUGUGCUGCACAUUGUGUGGACCUGAUGUUGGAGGACAUUGCUAAGAUCCCAAAGAUAAUGACGACCAUAAAGAGAGCUAUAAUGUUAAAUGGUUAUAUUUAUAACCGUUCGGGUUUGUUGAACAUGAUGAGGCGUUAUACUGGACAUAAAGAGUUGCUUAGACCUGCAACGACUCGAUUUGCCACUUCAUUUAUCACGUUAUCAAGCAUCCAUCAUCAAAAGGAUUGCUUGAGGAAGAUGUUCACUUCACAAGAAUGGAUCUCUAGUAAAUGGGCGAAAGAGACAAGCAUUGUGUACUCUCUCAAAGUAGCAAGCCCUCUUGUUCGUGUACUUAAGUUGGUUGAUGGUGAGAGAAGGCCUCCAAUGGGAUAUAUUUAUGAGGCUAUGGAAAGGGCUAAAGAAGCGAUAGCUAAAGCUUUUGGUGAGAAUGAGGAGAAGUAUAAGGACAUCUUUAAGAUCAUUGAUACUAGGUGGAAUAUCCAACUCCAUCGCCCUUUGCAUGCAGCUGGGCAUUUCUUGAACCCACAAUAUUUUUAUAGCAAUCCAAAUAUUGAGCAAGAUGAAGAGGUGAUAGGUGGUUUAUAUCAAUGCAUAGAAAGAUUGGUUCCAACCACUGAAGUGCAAGAUAAAAUUUCUUUGGAGUUGAGUAGAUAUACGAAAGCUGAUAGUCUAUUUGGCUCAUCAAUUGCUAUUAGACAAAGAAAGUCAAGGGCACCAGCCGAUUGGUGGUCCGCAUAUGGUUCUACAACUCCUAAUUUGCAAAAGUUUGCCAUUAAAGUGCUUAGCCUCACAUGUAGCGCAUCUGGGUGUGAACGAAAUUGGAGUGUAUUUGAACAUCUUCAUAGCAAGAAGAGGAACCGGCUAACUCAAUGUCGAUUGAAUGAUUUGGUUUUCAUCAAGUAUAAUAGAGCACUAAAGUGA